UUCCAGAUGUUCCUUAUACUCGUGGUACUACCGCUAUUUGCAAAUGCAUUGAACCUCACCGAAUCUAAGAGCUCAAUUGUGCAUUUUGUGCAAAAUCUCUCGGAUAUAAACAGUAUGCUUGAGGUUUUGCCGAAGGAAUGUAGAAGGAAUGGAAAAACGUAUAAAGAAGGAGAAGAGUUCCAGAUUGGAGCCCUCAGGUACAAAUGUCAGAAGUAUGGCGUGUACACGAUUGAAGGUUGUGUCACAGGGAAAAAGAAGAACCUCAAAAUUGGUGAGGUCGUCGUUGUUGACAAUGUGAAAUCGCAAUGCAUGGCAAAAGGGAAUUCAGUGUUCUUCAAAGAAACGGUAUGUGGAAUGCUGGGUCAGCCCGAAUGCGACAAAAUUCCUUUGCCGACCGGAUUCCAUGAAGCAACAAAAGUUGAGGACACGAAACCAAAAGCGACGGAAACCAAUGUGCCUGGCUUACCCCCUGGUUGGACGAUGGUCGAUGAAUCACGCCAGGAGAUUCCUGGUACGAGUGGAAAGCACAUUAUCUCAAGAACGCUUGUGUUCCAUCCAAUAAUCCAACACGCUCGGUUCGUCUAA